GAAGAACAGAAGGGCGUGUGUUAUUAAUAAUCAGCCAGGCAGAAAGUCCCACAGUCGUUCUGACAGCGAGCAGACGAGGAAACGCAGCGCUCCGGAGAGGACGCGUUGACGCGCGCUGUUCAUGAGCUGCGCUUGAUUCAUCGCUUGUCACAGUGCGGUGCGUGGGUUACACAUCUGCGCUCGAUGCUGUUUUAUGUCGUUUUACAGCGUGACUAAUCGGAGCUUUGACGCAGUGGAUUGUUUCGUGGGAACGUUCCUCUCAUCUCAUCUGAUGUGAUCCGCGCCGAUCGAUCCGCGACUGGCUUUUCCUCACAUUAUAUCGACCUACACACAGUUGAAAGCGGACUCCUUUGACUCCUGUUUUCACCGUGGACCGAGCAGAUGGCUGAAAACGCAGAGCUCAGAUAAUUUCUAGCCGUAUUAUUAUGUCUUGUGAGGAAUCCGUCUUGCUGUUUCAAUGACGGGUAAGAUGGAAACGCCCUUCUACCACGAUGAUAGCGUUCCAAACUUUGGGCAAAUUCCAGAUUACGAUCGAUACCAAGGCCACAAGAUUAUGAGCAAGAAGAGCAACAUGCCGCACGGUUUCUCCAGCGGCGUGGGAAACGCCUCGAGCCUCAAGAUGCUGCAGGGACAGGCCGCGGGCAACAGCACCGUCAGCCCGAACGGCCUCGGCAUGAGCGCCAAUCCCAACGGCUCGCUCAUGUCCUCGUCAGACAUGAACCUCCUGAAGCUGUCCUCUCCGGAUCUGGAGCACCUGAUUAUCCAGUCUAACCAGGGACUGGUUACUACAAGCCCGGCUCCCAACGCGUCGGCUAAUCCCUUCAUGUACCGAAACCAGGCCACGAACGAGCAGGAGGGAUUCGCCGACGGCUUCGUCAAAGCCCUGGCCGACCUGCACAAGCAGAACCAGCUGGUCGGCGCCCCCAUGUCGCCCACUUCCUCCAUCCAGGGGUCCUACCAGAGGAACCUGAUGUCGAGCGCCGACAUGCCCAUUUACACCAACCUGAGCAGCUACAACCCCAACCAGCUGCCGUCGGCGUACCCCGGCGGGCAGAUCGCCUACGCGUCGGCGGCCCACGCCUCGGCGCACGGCGGCCAGGGCCACCACCCCCAGGGACGGGGCCUGGACGCGCCGCAGACGGUGCCCGAGGUCCCGCACCCGCCCGGCGGCGACCCGGCCAGCUCGCCGCCCUCGCUGUCCCCCAUCGACCUGGAGACCCAGGAGAGAAUCAAGGCGGAGCGCAAGAAGCUCCGGAACCGCAUCGCCGCCUCCAAGUGCCGCAAGAGGAAGCUGGAGAGGAUCUCGCGGCUGGAGGAGAAGGUCAAGGUGCUGAAGACGCAGAACUCGGACCUGGCCUCCACCGCCAGCAUCCUGAGAGAGCAGGUGGCUCAGCUCAAACAGAAAGUUAUGAAUCAUGUCACUAAUGGCUGCCAGAUAGCCGUCAGCUCAGCCAGCAUGGCCAAAAGCGGGGAGAGCACCAGCUGCUGAAACCACGAGACGCGCGCACGCACGAA